ACAAACGUCGUUUUCCGCCCAGCCUGUGGCCUGUUUCUGCUUCGUCGGUUGAACCCUUGAAGACCAUCGUGGGUUGGCGAGCGAACAGAGCGCACGGCGGGGGCGAGAUUUGGCCGCUGAGUUAAGAUGUUGCGCGGCUUGAGCGGCUGGUUCGGGAUGAACCGGGCGGGAGAGGACGGGGAGUCCGAAGCCGGUGAGGGAGACGAGGCGCCUGGGGGGGAGGCGGCAGUGCGAAGCCAAGAGCAGGUGGAGGUGCAGGUGAAUCCGGACCCGCUUCUUAACCAGGCCAAGGGACUCAGCAGUUAUCUGUUCAAUUUUGCCACUACUGCCACAAAAAGGAUAUCAGAAUCAGUAGCUGAAACAGCACAAACAAUAAAGAAGUCGGUUGAGGAAGGCAAAAUAGAAACUAUCAUUGAUAAGACUAUUAUAGGAGAUUUUCAGAAGGAGCAGGAAAAAUUUGUUCAACAGCAGCACACCAAAAAAUCAGAAGCAGCUGUGCCUCCUUGGAUAGACAGCAAUGAAGAAGAAACAAUUCAACAACAAAUAUUGGCCUUAUCCGCAGACAGAAGAAAUUUUCUGCGUGAUCCACCAGCAGGAGUUCAGUUUAAUUUUGACUUUGAUCAAAUGUAUCCAGUUGCUAUGGUAAUGCUACAGGAAGAUGAGCUUCUGAAUCGAAUGAGAUUUGAUCUUGUACCGAAACAUGUAAAGGAAGAGGUAUUCUGGAGGAAUUAUUUCUACCGCGUCUCUCUAAUUAAACAGUCUGCACAACUCACAGCACUGGCUGCACAACAGCAAGCAGUGAGAAAGGAGAAGGGUGGCAGUGAAGAAGGUAGAGAGCUGACAGAAACUGUGCGACCAAAGACGCCGCCUGUAGCAAUUAAGUCUCAGCUAAAACCUCAAGAGGAAGAAGAAGAAAUUUCUACUAGCCCAGGUGUAUCAGAAUUUGUGAGUGAUGCUUUUGAUGCAUGCAGCUUGAAUCGAGAAGAUUUAAGGAAAGAGAUUGAACAACUUGUGCUUGACAAAAAAAAAGAAACCUCCACAGCAGAAGAAACUGCAGACUGGGAAAAAGAACUGCAGCAAGAGCUUCAAGAGUAUGAAGUGGUUACAGAAUCGGGAAAGCAAGAUGACAACUGGGACAAAGAAAUAGAAGAAAUGCUUCAGGGAGAAAAUUAACCACUUUGUAUAAAUGCUUAUUGAAAACUGACAAGAACUUGUUUUUAUACUUCCUUUGGAGACUUUCUUGAGGCAUGAAAUCGGUUUUUGUAAAAUAAGGCUUCAGGUGAUAAGUAAAAAACUGUUCCAUGAAAAUACACUCCCUGAUAUCGAGGGGACAAUAAGGCAAGUUUGACUUGUAUGUUUGGGAUGCUGUGGUUUGUUUCUUCUAACAGGAGCCCCACACACAGUUUGAUAAAUCACUUAUGAAAAUGGGGGGAUUACAAAUGAGGCUUUGAGUACAGCACAAGGUAAGCUUCUUUGGGACAGGAAAGAUGCAGAGGUCCAGAGUAAAUGCAUACAUUGCUUAGUCUGAUAUUUUUCUCCAGAAAAUGCCAGUUUAUGUAUAAAAAUUCUGAACAGUUUAUCUGUGGUGAGGUAAAAAUAGAAAACUUGUAUUUAAUUUCUUUCAUGAACUAAUGGCACAUCAUGUUGAUAUUUUGAUUUUUUUAUAAAUAACAAUUUAUGAAAAUGCA